GGGCGUGUGCGCCGCCGAGCAGCCGGCCUGGCUCGUGCUGGAGUACAGCGAGAUGGGCGACCUGGCGCACUUUCUGCAGUACCGCGAGCCCGCCGCCGCCACCCGGCCCGCCGCGCGCCCCGCCACGCACACGCUGCAGGCCCUCAGCUUUGGCUGCCUCUUGUACAUGGCAACCCAGGUGGCAUCUGCCAUGAAGUACCUGGAAUCAAAGAAUAUUGUGCAUAAAGAUCUUGCUGCAAGGAACUGCCUAGUUGGUCGAGGCUAUGAGGUGAAGGUGACUGAUAUUGCCAUGUGCAGUAAUCUUUAUAAAAAGGACUACAGUGAGAUUGGAGGUCGGCCUCCAGCCCCUAUUCGGUGGUUACCAUGGGAAAGCAUUUUAUUGGAUCGAUACACAUGUGCAAGUAGUACAUGGUCUUUUGCUGUUACUCUUUGGGAAAUUCUUAGUUUGGCAAGAGAGAAACCCUUCCAACAUUUGAGUAAUGAGCAGGUGGUUCAGAAUGCAGAACACAUGUACUAUGGUGGAGAACUUCAGGUACUUCUACCCAAGCCACCUCUGUGUCCUGUUGAUAUAUACGAUUUGAUGUGUGAAUGCUGGCGCAGAGAUGAGAGAGCUCGUCCAAGUUUCCGUCACAUUCAUGCAUUUCUUAAAUGUAAAAAUGUAGGAUAUCAUACAGGUGAUUGAGGCAUAUGAGCUUCAUACACACUUCCGACUGUCGUUGAAGAAAGUGGAAAAAGAUUUGGCAAUAAUGGAUCUCUCUCAUGAAAAUAUUGUGAAAAAUUGUGGUCAUGUCAGCUACAUCCGUAUUCCGGGUAUUCCAUCCAUUGCGAAUAUGUGUCAUCUGCUUCGGGGGCUGCUUCCCUCUUUAGAGCGCGCUGUACAAGUCAAACAUCACAAACAACAUUUCGUUUUUGAAUGUCUCAGCUAAUCAUUACUUUGUAUAUUGUG